AUUUGACUGCAUAGCCUUGUUUGUGACAAAAGUUGGUUACGCGUUUUCUGGGACACUAUCUUUGUUUUUAUAUCAUAUUUGAUGUAUAGACUUGUUAUUCAACUAUGAAGAUAUAAAAACCUUCAAGGAAUUUCUUCCGAAAAUAUGUCUGCCAACUUUUUAUAUUCAAACACUGCAUUACCGUCGCUUAUAACACAUCAACAGCAACAGCAUCUAGUUACUCAGCGCAGCCGCUCAGCUUCAACAUCCAACGCUGGACCAAACGUUCCUACUCAAUACCAAGUCGCUCUAUCACAACCAUACCAAACUCUUGGACCAAUGGAUGGAUCUUGGACCCAAACUCAAGGAUUGUAUGUAAAUGGAUUAAAUAAAAUGAUGAAUAUCUUUCCUGGUCAAAAUGUGACAGAAAUGGAACAAACGCCUAUGAGUCAGCCAAAUGAGAAUUAUAAAUAUUCACCUAACAUCAAAUUGAACGAUUUAAACACACAAUCAUAUGCUCAUUCUUUCCAGCCAACAAAUGGUAAUACUGCCGGGAAUCAUGGAUCUGUUACAUUGGCUGCAGCGCCACAAGUUCAUUUUGCAGUUGCAGCCACUCCGAAUGGUUUAGUUCAACCGCAUACAGGCCUACAAAAUCCAUCUACAUCUAUGCGUUCUGAUCAGACAACUGUUCUGCAUUCAACCUCUCAACAUCCAUCUGGUCAAUCAUUUCUUAUUCCUGGAAUAGUAGGCCAACAACCACCACCAACUUUACGUACAUUAACACAAGAUAAUUUAUCACCAUCUGUCUACAGAGAGCCUGGUUCUACUCAACAAUCCAUUUUAUCAUCAGGUACAAAACAGACAAAUAAUCUGAACAGUGUAAACAAUACACGUGAUCUACACUCACGACUAAUUGAUAAUGCUUCAAUGAAUCAAUCAGCCUAUGUGGCAUCUGUUCCAGUUCAACAGCAUCCUCCUGUUGUAUCUCAUCAUCAUCAUCCUCAUGCUCAUCAGUUGUAUACAAGUCCUACACUACAACCACCAUCUUUACACGGUAUGGUCGAGUAUGUACAAGCUGUUUAUCCAACUAAUCCAAAUAUUCAUAUACCAUAUAGUCAACAGCAACAGCAGCAACAACAACAAUCGGCAACAGCUAUAUUCAGUCAUUAUCCUGCUCAAAUGAAUACUGCUUUCGAUUCAACAACAAUGCAUACAAACUUUAAUUCACGUGUACGUCAUAAUACAUGGACCACUACCACUUCUACUACUUCUACUGGUCUUGAAGACAAUUCAUCCUCUGCUGGUAAUCAUGAUUCAUCAAUUCGAAAAAUGAAAAAUGAUAAAGUCUUAAUGCCAAAUGACUAUGCAUCGUCUACACUGAAUGAAUAUAAUAUUAAUUCGCAUGGUUCAUAUUCACAAUAUCCUACUGGUGGUGGUGGUCCAUACUUUACUGGUUUUACACAGUCUUCUUUUUAUCAACCGGAUAGUAGUCAACAAAAAACAGAUCUGACUAAACAACACCAGCAACAGCAUCAACAUCUACCGCCUGGUUCUAUUACAUUCCAACCUCACAAUGAAGUACAAAAACAACAUGCAUGCAGUUAUCAAAAUCCAGCCUCUUUACAGUAUAAUUCUUCUCUAGCCUCAAUAACUAACAAUGAUAUUUCGUAUAUAACAUCUGUUCCUAUGGGUCAGUUACCGGCAAGAUCUACUUAUCAUCAUCAUCCUAUGCACAGCAGUUCCUAUUUACCACCACCAUCAGGCAGUGUUGGUGGCCCGUCUUGUUUACCUGUUCAAAAUAACAAUAAUUAUAAUACUAAUCAUAAUCAGUCGUCACAUAUGUAUAAUAAUAUUUACAAUUCAGAGAAUUUGAAUACGACUGGUACCGCUGUCGGCGCCGCGGCCGCUGCCGGUGCUGCUACUACUACUAAUGUACAACAAUCAGCUUAUCCUGUAAAGGAUAACUAUCCUCGUGGAAAUCAUAAACCACGUGAGUGGAAUAAAUCGAAAGAAAUAAAUCAUCAUCACCAAAGUAAAAAUGCGCAGAAUCCACUUCACUCUCGUUCAAAUAAUACUACUAAUAAUACCAGUAGUAGUAAUAAUAAUAAUCGAUUGAAAACCGGAAGUAAAAGUUUUGCAUCAGAUAGACAACAACAACCUGUUUCGUCUAGUGAUCGUAAAAUGACAUCUUCCAACUCUGCUGUAGGCAAUAGAUCAAGUGGAACAGGGAAACAAACUAUCACGUCUAUUCAUACAACUACAACAAAUUUCAUUCCGUCAGCAGGAGGAGCAGGAGGUCUUAUGAUACCUUCUAUUCCUUCGUCUACUGUUUACCAUGACUUCAAUUCAACUAGUCGGGUGAAUACAAGAACAGAUCAUGUUGACUAUCAUCAGCAUUCACAGCCUUAUGUCAAUUCAUAUGCUAGUAGUGUAAAUCAACAACCGCCUAUGCCUACUGAACAUUGUAUUAAUGGUGGUGGCGUUGGUGUUCUACCGAAACAUUUACAAACUUAUCAACCAUCUGUUACACAUAACAGUCUGUUGCCUAGUUGUAUUCAAAGUCUUCCAGAGAAUUUUAUAGCAAGUUUAAAAUUAAGUGGUUUCCGUCUUGUCUUGGAUUCUUGUCCGACUAGAAUGUUACUCAGUACCUCGUUAGUUGGUUCAGUGAUUGGUCGAGGCGGUAGAACUAUUCGUCAGAUUACAACAAAGACUGGUGCUAAAAUAGGCUUGAAACAAGAUAUCAUUACCUUUUCACAAUUCUCUUUACCAGGAAAAGGCAGAAAGACAUUCAAACCUGCAGCAGAUCCCGCUAGUAGUAAUAGUACUACAAACGACAACGUAAUCAGUAAUAAAGCAGAAGGAGAAGAAAUAGAAGAAGAAGAAGAAGAGGAGGUGGGGAGUGACGAGAAAAAUCAGUCACCUGAUGACAAUAAAGAUGCUACUUCUACUACUCCAAGUACUACUACUACUGCUACCAGCAAUAAUCCAGAAGAUGACGGCGAGCCAACAGAAUCAACCGCGAAUCCAGUCAGUGAAUCUGAGUCACCACCAGCAGCAGCAGCAACGGCACCACCACCACCAAUUAGCACGCUUCAAUCUAAGCUAGAAAUUCAAUCAGACCAGAGUCAACUUGCUGUUCUCUAUGGAUCCAGGGAACAAUGUUCCGCUGCAUUGUAUGAAAUCCUUACUAUAUGCUUCAGGGAAUCAAAACAUCGUGGUUUCUCUGACCCGUGUUUAGGCCUACUUGUUGAACAACAAAUUUAUAGUCAAUUAAUUAUGAAUAAAGGUAAAAAAUAUUUCAAUGCUAUACACGCUGCUACAGGAGCACGUAUAUCAGUAACUGGUACACCUCUGCAAAUCUCUUCUACCUCAUCUUCUGAUGGUAAUGAUCAGGAAAAAUGCAAUCCAACCGGCACUACAGAUCGUGUACUAGUUGUUCGUGGUCAUUUGAAUGCAAUUUGUGCAGCUGAAGCCUUCCUCAGUGAACAAAUUCGUUGGGCAACAAUUGAAUCAGUAAUUCCGUCGCAUUUUUGGCCUUUACUCAACCAUCUGCCUUCUAUACCACUCGUGAAUAAUCAUAAAUCAUCGAAUACACCGUUUAGUUAUGAUCCACAAUCAGUAUGUUCAUUGAUUAUGUCAUUAGGCUCAAUAUUUUGGCCACAAUCUGUAUGUGCAAAAUUAGGCAAGAAUUCUUCCUUGCAAUAUAAUAAUAAUAAUAAUAAACGAUCUGAAGUUCGAAAUACAAAUCUAUCGACGAAGUGUAAUAGUAGUGGUCUACCAGAGAAUGAUACAACGAAUACUGUGAAUACUCUCAGUCCAGCAGAUAUUCAUGAUGAUGAGGGUGAUGGUGACGAUGAUGACGAAGAUGCCGAUGGCGAUGCCGAUGAUGCUGAUGUUGAUAUUGUAGAAGAGGAGAAUCAUGAAGGUAAAGAAGACUUGGAAUAUGAUGCCAAAACUCUUGUCAAUGAAGAUAAUCUUAGCGAAAUGAACUCUGAGGGAGUAAUCCAAGAAGGUAUUGAUGAUAAUCCUGCCAAUGACAAGGCGGAUGAUGAUAAUAACACCAGUCUUCCUCUGGAUAACACAGAUUUGUCAUCAGAGGAUAUAAAUGAAAUUACUGUUAUCUCUGUCUCCGCCUCGGAUAUGGAAGAUAAAGAUGAAGUGAUGACAGUUAUAGAGGUAACUGACAACGAUAAAACCGAAUCUCAAUCACCGCCUGUCUGCAUCGAUUCUGGAGUACAAAAAUCUGAUAAAUUAGAUGAAACCAGCUCUGAUCAGUGUGUAGUUGAACAAUUGACUCGGUCAACAAUGCCUAAAGAAACUAAUCUUGUUGUCGCGACUGCAGUUCAACAAUCACUCAUUGCUGCUGUUGGUCCAAUCGCUUGGCUGGCGACUGGUGGUAUUCUGUAUAUGCGUGUUUCAUAUAACGAAGCUGGUGCUUUAAUCGGUACAGAAGGCUCUCGAAUUCAACAUCUUAUGCAUAUUACUGGCGCAGAAAUAAAUGUCGGCAAGGUUCAAAUUAAUCCACCUUAUGCAAUCAGUCCAUCAACUCGCACUACUCAUACUGCUAAUGCUACUACUGCUGCUACGACUGCCACUACGAAACGCAUCACCAAUUCAUCAACUCAAUCAUCUGAUCGCACAUCACCAACAUGUAUUUCUCUAGCUGAUUCUUUCUUGAAUAAUUCUACACCGGAUGAAAAUUCUUCUUUGAUGAACAAUAAAGUCGAUCAGUCUGCAAGCAAUCAAGAUGAUAAUAUUGAUGAUGAUGGCAUCACCUCUGUGAAUUCACCAGAUGCCACUGAAAGUCUGAAUGCUACAAUAGAACCUACUGAUGACAUCAACAACUGUAACGACGACGAACAGCAACAACAACGCAAGCAUGAAGUCAAUACAACAGAAUCUUCGACUGUUGUAGAUCAAUCCGUGGACAACAAUAAUAAUGAAGAUGGUGGUGAACAAUCCACAAUACCAAAAUGCCCAAAAGCAUCUUCGUCGUCUUCACCUCCUUCCCCAUCUUUAUGUAAUGAUAAUAAAAUUGACGACAAUGAUAAUACCGAAAGCGGUGAACAGUUGUCAUCAAGCAGUACACUGCCUAGUGCUCCUUCUUGUCAUUCUGAUUGUGGAAUUGCUCAACAAAAAACUGAUAUACCUCAUUCGAAAACAAUUGAAUCAAAAGGCAUAAUAAAUUCAGCAAAUCAAUCCUAUCGUUUAAUCACUCUAUCGGGUUCUGCUCAAUCACAGAUUAUGGCUCAAUGGCAAAUAUUUCAACGUCUUAAAAGUAUACGUAAAAAACAGGCGGAUUCUUCAAAUGAUUCUUCAUUUCAGAGAGUAUUUUGUUUAGCUACAUUAAUUUGUCUACCUUAUCGAUUUUUAUGGUGGUUAACUACGCAUAAUCCAGGAUUCUCAGAGACUUCGGAUUCUACUUCUAUUCUUACAUCCACAACAUUAACACGAACCAAUCAUUAUUCACAGGGUAAAUCUGAUAACAAUCAGAACAGUGAUCAUAGCAAUAAUAAUAAUAAAGAACAAAAAUCUGGAAUAUCUCCAUUGAAUUGGAUCCAGUUGUUGGCGAGUAAACAUAUGAAUGCAAAUUAUGCAGAUGAUGGUGAGAAACAAUUGCCUAGUAAAUUUAUUCAUGUCCUACCUGAGCCUAGACGACGUCGACGGUUAGUUCAACAACAGUUGAAACGAAUUAUGAAUGCCAGUCGGCGUGGUGGACAACACCACCACCAGCAACAACAACAACAAAUGAAUCAUGUCGGCAAUUGUUUAGCAAAAGCACUUAUCCUACCGACAAGAGGAUUAAGUAAUGAUGGCUUAGAUCAAUUGUGGGCUCAUCCUAAUCGCAUACCUUUGGAGAUUUAUGCUGACUUUGAAACAACACAGUUGGUAUUGAAAAAUUUACAUCAUAUGUUAGCCUUAUGGUUAUAUGGACAAUCACUUGCCGGGACUUCAAUUCAAUCGUUUAUUCAACCACCGAUUAUCUUUUAUCCACUACCUAAUACCUCUGGACGUCCAGGCAAUCUGUCUAACUUGGAGGCAUCAAGAACAACAGCAACAGCAAUGGCAGCGACAACAUCAGCAGCAGCGCCAGUAGCGGCACACAAUCGACCAUAUUCACAGCCUAAUUUUUAUAAUAAUAAUAAUAAUUAUGAUCAAUUUGACUAUUGGACAUUUAUGCCUAAUCGUCAACAUGAUGCUUUUUUUAAUUCACCACUGAGACAUAAUUUUCCUAUGCCAUUGUUACCUGGUGGUGGUGGUGCUGCUGUUGCUAGUGCUGGUGUUGGUGCUGGGAGUUCACCCUACUCAUCAGCAGCAAUACUUCCACCAGAUCGUUGUAAUUAUGUAAAUUUUACAGCUCAACCAUACUAUUAUCCUCGAUAUCCUUGGAUGAAUUUACCUGGUAUACCAUCUAAUACUAAUAAUAGUAAUAACAAGUACUCAGGACAGGCAACAGUAUCAGAUGCUGCUACUACUGCAACUAGGGGUGGUGGUAGCAUGCGUGUUGGCCCCCCAGCUUUAUAUGGCUAUUGGCCACGUGGACGCUUCAAUCAUCCCCUAGAGGAUAAGCAUAAUAUUGUUGUUAAUGGUGAUUUAUCUUCACAAUCGACACGAUUUCCAUCACCUGGCACUUGUGGCGUUGGUGGUGGUGGUGGUGGUUAUACAGCAUUUCUUACUAACUUACAUUUCCCACCAACAGCAGCCAUGGCAGCAGCAACCGGUACAGGCGCCCGACCAUCAGCUACACCUUUCAAUCAUAUCCAUACAUCUGUUCAUCCUGCACAAGUUCAUGGUUAUCAUCGAGGUUCAUCUGUUCCACCACAACCGAAAUUUAGAUUCCGUAAUCCAUGUAGCGGUGGAGGGGUAGGAGGAAGUGCUACAGAACCAUUUAUCCUAAAAAGUAUGCCAUUAUUAGAUACACCAAAUCACCAAAUGAUCAUGAAUAAUAAUAACAAUCAUCGACCGUCGUCUUUUGUGCAUCAUUCAAAAUCGUCAACAACGACAACAGCAACAACAACAACAAAUCAUGUAAAGAAUCAGGGAACACGAACAAAACAUAAUUCACAAAGUUUAACUGAAUCACGGAAGAAAAAUGAUGACUCGACAACCGUCAGCGGCAGUGGUGAUGGCGGCAGCUAGAAUUUGUUCAAUUACUUAUACAUACAUAUAUAUCUUCAAUUCUUGCUGCUUUUACUCUUUUUUUCCAAUAUGAUACUCUCACUUUGCUCACUUCCCUACCUACUCACUCACUUGCUCGUAAUGGCUAUCAUAAUCGUGAAUAUAACGAAAAGAAGAAGAAGCUGUGUGAACAGUCAGUUAGUCGCUUGCGUAGUUGGUGUGUGUGUUUGUGUAUGUUGAUUUUCUCUGGAAUCAUGUCUGAAAUUUGUUUCUUUGGCAUCUCUUCAAGUCGCGUAUGCCUCUCUCCUUCCCAUUUUUUUUUCUUAUUCUUUCUUUGCCUUUUGUGUAAAUCCUUUCCACUUCCCUCACUUACUUAGUGAUCUCUCUCUCCUCCUCCUCUUGUCUUCUAAUUUACUCUGUUUCCUCCUUCAUCCGCGGAAAUCUACCUUAACUGUGAAGGCUUUCCUUCUGUCUCUUCUGCUUCCUCUUCUUAUUCCUCAAUGGAAUCUUCUUCUCUUACCGUUCUCCUCCUCCGUCUGCGUUCUUUCUCUUCUUCCAUCCUGAUCAUGGCUCACCUUUUAUAUAUAUGUGUGUGUUAUUCUUCUAUCGUUAGGUUUAUUUCUCUUAUCUCUCUCUCUCUCUCUCUCUAAAUAUACAUUCAUAAGGAUCAACAGAUGUGAUUUACUUACCCUCCCCCCCCCCGCCGUCUUUUUUUGUCUCCUUUCCCGCUUAAAGUUUUCCUCCAAAAACACUUUUAGGAAUUAUGCGUGCGUGCCCGAGAGAGAGCACAGUCGAUGACUAUGAUGGUCGUAAUAUAUAUACAUAUUAUGAUACCUGUUUAUAACGCGUUUUUUAAAUUCUCGAACAGGGAACAGAUCUCGCUCCCUCCCUCCUGUCUCUUUCUUGUAAACUACCAUCAUUGCUAUUUAUUCUUAUUAUUAUUAGCCCUGUUUUUUUGAUAUGGCUUAUUUAUAUUAAUAGAACUUUCCACUUUCUUCUCUAUAUGCACUCCCUCUCUCUGUUAUUGGCGGCUGGCUUUAAUCUUUUCUCCUCUGUGAGAGAGUAUCCUUCUGCCUUCUCUCUAUCUGUCCCUCUCUCUUUCUCUUUUCUUACAUUUUCUUUUGUAGAGAAAAAUAACCCCGCCCCCACCGCCCACGCACACCUAAUAAAUCUACAAACACACAUAUAUAAAGCUCAAAUUGUUACUUUUAUUAUUGCAACUCCUCAAAAUCGAAUCAUUUGCUCACACACACAAUAAAAGCAGCUACCAUCUUUUUUUUACUUGCUUUAUUACCCUAUGAGUAGUCUAGGAUCGAUGGAUGGGGGAUGGAUAGAUGAAGAGAUGAGCGAGCGAGUGAGUGAGUGGAUGCGUGGGUGGAACAGUCGGUCACGUUGACAACGAUGACGACCAUCAUUAUUAUUUGUGUACAAUCAUGUGUGUGUGUGUGUGUGUGCGUUGAUCAUAGUUAUAUUCGAUUCAAUCUGUGCCGUGCCGUGACGAUCUUAAUUUGACGAGGAUGAUAUUACUCCCUAUCUAUCUAUCUAUUUCCGUCUCUGUCUCUCUUCCAUACAUGUUGUGUAUCGCCCCCACCCCACUCUACACCACCCACGUUGCACAAAACACCACAUUCACCUGUACAUUUAUUUGUGCCUUGUGAUGAAAUAUACAUACGUAUUAUGUAACCACCAUUCACACACAAUCAUCCAUGUGUUGUCGAAUAAAGUAAUAAAAAAAAGAGUAAAAGAAGCGGUUGAUAGCUAGCGAACUAACUAACUGUGCUCGUGGGAUGGAAGGAGAGACGAUGCAAAUUACCACCGAAUUUCGAUCACUAACAAAACACUCACUUACUUACUUGUUGAUGAGUACACCGACUUUCUAUUUAAUAAUUCUGUGUGUACGUGUAAUUGCCUAUGUGUAUCUUUAGUUUCGUCCUAUUAUUAUUUUUCUCUGUUUUUUUCUUAUUUGGCCCCAACCGCCCACCCAUAAUCCUCUACUCUCUCUCUCCUAGCCCCUCUCCCCCCUCUCAAAAUGUAGAACUCUGUGCUGCACGAUAUGAUUUUCUUUUCU